CUGGCUUAACUUUUGUGUGUCAUCUGAGCCUAUUAGAAAUAAGAAAGAUUCUAAGACCGUUUAAUUUUUUUUAUUUUUUAUAAAAACCCUUUUACCUUUUCUUCUUUUCAUCAUUAUUAUAAAAAUGAAGGGCGCCAAAACACCAGGAGAACGUAGAAAGAAGAUCCAUGACAAAUUUAGUCAGCAUAUGAGUGUGCUUCGUAUCGACAGUCUUAGAAAACCACGAUAUAGUAAUGCUGGCCAAAGUGCAGAGCCUAAAGAAACAACUCCUAUUUUUGAUAGUCCACCAAAACAGAAUCUACAGUAUCGGUCUCAGCAUUCACAUAGCUCACAGGAUAUGUUAUGUUUCGAGAGUUUAGUAGCGAUGACACCCCCUUCACUCUUUAUUCCAUUGCAAGCAAGUCCUACGAUGCGACUGCCAGUGCAAACGCCAUACAGCAUAAGUCCAUUGACACCGAUGCAGGGUCAAAUUUCAUCCGGUAAUACUGAUCAAGCAAAUAAUUUUUCUCUUAAUAAUUUAACAACGAACUUUACGGCGCCUCUCCAGACAGAGAAUCUACAACGCCAGCAAAACGUUUUCGAUUUGAGUAGUUUUUUUGAUGAGUCCUUUUUCAAUCCUGUUCCUAACACAACAAACAAUCUGGUGGCACCAAGCCCUCCUCCUCCCUUACAGGUGGAUAUGACACAGCAAAACGUCGUACCACCAUCAACACGUUCGUACGAUAUGCCAUCCAGACCAAAUCCCCCUUCUUUUAUUGAUGGUCCUCAAUAUUUCCAAGCCAGUGAAGAUUUUUCAGCCUGUUUCGGAAAAGCCGAUGCCGACAAUUCGAAAUUCAUUACAUUGGAUGAGCUUAAAGUUUUUUUACAAAAUAAAGACGGUAGCAGUUUCAACGAUGCAACGGCAAUGACGAUCAUGAAUAUGUUUGAUAAAAACAAGGAUUACAUGAUUGAUGCAGAUGAGUUUCCUGACAUGCUUGCAUACAUCAGUAACUGGUACAGCUGCUUCAUUUUUUUGGAUUCAGAUAACUCCGGCACGAUUAAUUUUCUGGAGAUGCAUACGGCCAUUACUUGUCUUGGACUUGCUGGACUCAGUUAUGAUUUCACAGCCAGCUUGCUAGAAAAAUAUGUCUGUGCUGGUAGUCAUGAGAUUCGUUUCGACAACUUUAUUCUUGCAUGUGUUACUCUUUGUCGAUUCAAUGAGGCGUAUAAGUUUUUGGAGAGGCAAUUUGGCACCCCUGGUCGUCUUCCACAGAAACUGGAACAGUUCCUUUCACUUUCCAUUUAACGUUUUUCUUCUUUUUUUCUUUUUUUUUCUGGCUGUUUUUUUCACUCCAUAUAAAGAUCGAGCAAAUAAAGUUUUACUUGUACACCGUGUAUUUCUUAGGGCUAAGCCUUCGCUUUUAAAAAAACAAAAAUAAAGAAAACAAUCCAUUACUUAGACGCUAUUUCAGUGCUUCAUGGGAUUAAGUUUUCGCGAGAUGUUUUACAAAAAAAGCUGAGCUCGUUUUUCAUAGGAAAAAGUAAAUAAAAAGGGAAGAAUGUUCAGUCAUUAAGUGCGUUUAUCCUAUAAAUAC